AUGUCUUCAAUGAUAAGGAGAUGCACAAACAUUUUUUCUUCUAAUUCUCAUUCGCAUUCUCUUCCUCUUCUCUAUUAUUCUUUUUUCUCCUUUUUUUUUUCAUUAUUCCUUACUUUCUUUUAUCCAUUCUUACAUUGUCUCUUCCUUUUUCGCUUUCUUUCUUUGCCCCUUUCUUUCUUCCUUUCUUUGACCCUUUCUUUCUUUCUUUCUUUGAUCCUUUCUCUCUUUCUUUCUUUCACUCUUCCUUUCUCUGUUUCUUUCUCUCUUUUUCGUUGUAUCUUUUCUUUCUCUCUCUGUUUCUUUAUCGUUUUCAUCCUCUCUUUCUCCUUUUCUUUCUCUCUCUCUCUCUCUCUUUCUUCCUUUCUGUCUUUUGAUUCUUUUUCGUUACAACUUUUUCUUUCUUUGUUUUUUUCUUUAUCGCUUUCUUUCUCUCUUUCGUUGUAUCGUUUUCUUUUUUGUUUCAUUACAACUUUCUUUCUCUCUUCCUUUGUCACUUUCUUUCGUUUUCUUUUUCUCUCUUUCUUUGUCUCUUUCUUUCUUUCUAUCUUUUUCUUUCUUUAUCUUUUUCUUUAUCGCUUUCUUUCUCUCUCGCUUUGUUGUUAUUGUUCAUUUCUCUCUUCCUUUCUUUCUCUCUUGCUUUCUUUCUUUCCCUUUACCUUUCUCAUUUUCUUGUUUUCUGUGUCUCUUUCCCUUUUCCUUUGUUUAUUUCUUUUUUUUCUUCCUUUCUCUCUUUCUCACUUCCUUUCUUUCUUUCUUUCUCUCUUCUUAUCUGACCAUCUCGCUUUCUAUCUUUUUUCUUUCUUCCUUUCCAAUUUAUCUCUUUUAUUGUUUUCUCUAUAUUUUUAUCUAUUUCCGUUUUCUUCCUCUUCACACAUUUCUUUCUUUCUUUCUUUUUUCUUUCUUUCUUUCUUUUUUCUUUCUCACUUUCUCUCUUUCUUUAUUUCUUUGUUUCUUUUUAUCUCAUUUUCUCACUUGCUUUCUUCUUUCUUUCUUCCUUUCCACUUUUAUUGUCUUCUCGACAUUUACAUCUAUUUCCAUUUUCUUCCUCUUCACACUUCUUCAUCUUCUUUGUUGACUUCUACAAUUCUCCAUCGUGUUCAUUUCCUAUUAUUUUUAUUAUUAUUUCUUAAUUUUCUUACUCUUUUCUCAUUCGUUUGCCCUUCAGAAUUCAUUUUGUCGAUUUUCUUUCAUAUUUUUCUUCACCUUUCUCUGCUAUUGAGUUUAUUUUUUUUUACAUCUAAACUCGUUUCUAUCUCUUUUUAUUAUUUCUUUUCAUUCAUUUUAUUUCGUGGUUCUGAUGAAACUUCUGAUCUCCUGACACUUUGCGCUUUAUCAAUCUCGCUACAACAAUAUCUAUCUAUCUAUCUAUCUAUCUAUCUAUCUAUCUAUCUAUCUAUCUAUUUCUCUUAUAUAUAUAUAUAUAUAUUCAAUCUCCAUCUAUCUCUCUGUCUGUUUCUCUCUCUCUCUCUCUUUCUCUGUGUGUGUGUGUCUGUCUCUAUCUAUCUAUCUGUCUAUCUAUCUAUCUAUCUAUCUAUCUAUCUAGUUCACUUUUCAUAUCUAUCUCUUCUUCAUGAUGUCACUUUUCCAUUCGCCCCAAUCUUAUUUCUACUUACUUUUCUUUCUCUUAUUCACUUUCACGUCGACAUUUUACCUUCUCCUCUUCCUUCUCUCUCUCUCUCACACACGCACUCUCUCUCUCUCUUUCUCUCUCUCUAUAUAUAUAUUUCAGCUUCUUUCUCUCUCCCUUUAUGCAAUACCUUUGCAUCUUGUCUAGUUGACCCUCUUUCUUUUUUAUUAGCUGAAUUUAAUACCCUCCCCUCCAACCUCUACACCCCCCUACCUCCUCCUUUUCCUUUUCCUUGUCCGUCUCCUCUUAUCCCCCUCCUCCUCCUCCUCCUCCUCCUCCUGCCCUCUUUCUGCCCUCUUUGCCUUUCUUUCUUUGGAUCAAACUAUUCGUCAUGUCCUGGUGGAACGUGCACUUGCGACUUGCUGUCGCCAUCGCGACCACCACCGCCACCGGUGCUGCCGCUGCCACCAACGCAUGCAACCGCUCUUCAUCCACCACUCUUACCAACGUCACAACGCCAACAAUGCCAACGCCACAACCCGCCGCCACCAACAACAACGCCGAAAAAAAAAAACCCGGCUACAGCUGCUGCUGCUACUGCUGCUGCUGCUGCUGCUGCUGCUACCACUUCUUUGAAUCUGACUGCUAGCAUAUCUCUCUAUGUAGCAAUCUGA